CCGGACAUUGACUGAACGAAGAGCGAGAGGAGGAUAACGGCUGCCAGUGUGGUUUGCCUUUCUCGUAUAUGUAUAUUCGCAUGUUAUUAUUAAGUUAAGCAUAGACAUAAUGAAGGCGUUAAUUUAGCUAAUGCUAGCGCAGCUUGGCUUUUUAUAAGCUGCCAGCAUAAUAUCAACUACAUAUGUAUGUAUAGAUCAAACAAAUAUAAACAAAUUGGGAAAAAUAAACAUGUCUAAAGUCUUUUAUAUUACAAAGCAAAUGGAAUCCACGCUGAUACCGUCAUGCAACUCAAUAAUAUCGAAUGGAAGCGUUUUUAUGGUCAUGGCCUAUACACGUUGUGGCAGGGAACCGGUCCGCACCACAAUUACCGUUAAGGAGCUGAUUGGCAAAGGCACCUUCGGGCGCGUCUACAAAGCGCAUCUCGACAAAUCGGAGCGUCUGGUGGCUCUAAAGCAAGUCGACUUCGAUCCCUACCUGAUGGAACGUGAGCCGGAAAUAAUGAAUUACCUUGAGGGGCACUGCAAUAUAGUGCGCCUGAUCAUGUACUGCUAUGCCCAGAUAAACUGCUCCAAGCAAAACUAUCUGCUCAUGGCCAUGGAGUACAUGCCAAUGACGCUCGCCGAGCUCAUAAUCAAGCAUCGCCAGCGACCCCUGCAGAUGAUCUACGUGCGCAUUAUUUCCUAUCAACUGUUCCGGGGCCUCGGUUAUUUGCACUCGCACUGCAUCUGUCAUCGGGAUAUUAAGCCGGAGAAUAUGCUGAUCGAUCCGCUCACAAUGAGCCUCAAAUUGGCCGACUUUGGCAGCGCCAAGUUCCUGGACGUCAACGAGUCCAGUGCCACGUACGUCUGCUCGCGGUUCUAUCGGGCGCCCGAACUCUAUGCCAGGUGCCAGCGUUAUAGCACCACGGUGGACGUCUGGAGCGCCGGCUGUGUGCUCGCCGAGCUGCUCAAGAGCUUCGCGCUCUUCGCCAGCAACAUGCACGACGAGGCCCAGCUGCUGCACAUGAUUAGUGUCCUGGGCACCGACGGCUUGGAGCGUGCGCCUCAUAUCCUAGCAGCCAGUGGCCUGGACACCGCAACUACAAUCAUCCCGCGACCCAGUUGGCAAAUCCUGAUUGGCGUCUGGGUGCCACAGGAUUUGGCAGCACUGCUGGAUGCUUGCCUGCAGUAUGAUCCCAAAGCUCGCAUCGCCCCGCUGCGAGCCUGUGCCCACGCCAGCUAUGACGAGCUGCGCACCAUGGAUGCCCUCAACACCCACAUGCCCAACGGAGUGCGGCUGCCAUCGCUGUUCAACUUUAGCCAGCAUGAGCUGCAGGUUGAUCCCGGCCUCUGGAUGCAUCUAUUACCUCUCCACCUGGCUAGAUUUUAAGUUCAUAUUGUUUAUAGUCACCCAAGGCUGUAUUAGUUAUAUACCUAGCUUUUUAAAUACUAAACAUGAGGUGAGUAUGGAAAAAAGCAGCUCUACCUAUGCACCUGAUUAAAUCUAACUUAAAUGCGGGU